GUCGCAAGCAUUUUAUAUGUGCACGUAAGAAUAUUUCGCCGUCGUCGUCGUCGUCGUCGUCGUCGUAUCCGACGACAACACUCAAAACUUGUGGAAAUCGUCAUAUCAUGUCAAACACGAGAAGAGAAUUAAUCAAUAUGCAGCGACAGCUUCUGCGCAAAUACAUUUUACAAAAAAAGGAAGGCACACUCAAAAAGACACACAAAACAUACAAAUCCCCAAUGUACGAUUUUUCAAUGUUCGAUGCGCGCGUACGUCCGAUUCCACAACAUCGCCGAUAAUAUAUACUACAAUAAACUUCUGAAUUGGAUUUUUUUUUGUUCUAUCCAACUGGUUUCUUCUUUUCCAUUACAUAUCGUACUGUAGCGAAUAACAAAAGAAUCGAAAGCGCAUAGAACAUAUGUUUCGAAAGUUGUUUACAUGUCGCAAUAAUCGAUAGCAAAUUGAGUCAUACAAGCUGCUGAAAUUUCAACUCCCUGCGUGUGUGUGUUUUAUUCCGGAGAUUUUUUUCCAGUUUAGCAUCAUCGCAGAGUUUUUAUGGUUUUGUAAACGAUUCACUCGAAGUAAAAAAAGCAAAUUUAUUGCGGUGUGUAUCUAAAGUUGCAAUAAAUUGUUCGUGAAAAGUGCGAGAGAAUCAGAAUCGUUGAAUAAAAUCGAAAGAAAAGUGUAUUCGCUUAUCAACUGUGAGAUAGACCGACCGACGUGUGCCUGUGGUUUUGUGCUAUUUGGUGAUUCAUUUGAAAGAAUAAAAACGAAUUGAAUGUUGCAUAUGUUAGCCACAAUCUUUGAUCGCAAGCACAAUUUCCUUUGAUUCGGAAAUUUUACAAACGGCCCACACGCUUACAUUCAACCAUAAGCAUCCGUGUUUAAUUCAAACUUGUUUUGUGCGAAUUUCAAUUUCGGCUUGAUUUUUGGUUGGAAGUUAAAAACCGAUUUGUCGGAGAAAUGGUUUCAGGGUCGGCUCUUGAAUUUAUUUUUGUUGUUUUACUUUGUGCAUCGUUGCGAUGUAACUUCGUUGAAACGCUGCCAUCUUUUCUACAAGACGAACAACAGCAAGCCGAACAACAGGCUGAAGCGAUUAGUGAACGAUUUUUCGAUGAAGUUCGCCAAUUGUUGGAACAGAAAAUAUCAUCGGAAGCAGCUGCUGCGGUCGAACUGGACACCACAACAACGGAAUCACCGCCAAUCGUGAACGCCGAUGAACGUUUCAUUGAAACGACCGUUUCGCCAGCCAUCGAUGAAAAAUUGAAGGACAAUUUGCCAGCGGUCAUGCCACCGAAACCGACACAGGUGGCUGAUUGGCCAAAACUUGAUUUGCGCUUAGGUCAAGUGGUGGCUGUUUCGAUUGGUAUCGACGGCCAUCCGGUAAUAUUUCAUCGUGCUGAUCGAAUUUGGACUGAUGAAACAUUCAAUGAGACGAAUCAUUACCAGUUGACGCACAUUGGACCAAUUGAUGUUGAUACAAUUCUAAAAUUGGACGCUGCAAAUGGAAAAGUAUUGAAUUCAUGGGGUGCAUCGUUGUUCUUCUUUCCACAUGGCAUGACAAUUGACCAUCACGGUAACAUAUGGGUGACAGAUGUUGCACUGCAUCAAGUGUUUAAAUUCAAACCAAAAUCCCGAUACCCGUCCAUUACAAUCGGAAGACGCUUCCAGCCAGGUUCAAUACCAAGUCAACUGUGUAAACCAACAGCUGUUGCUGUUGCGACUACGGGCGAGAUAUUUGUUGCCGAUGGUUACUGCAACAAUCGAAUAUUGAAAUUCAAUGCGGCUGGACGAAUUUUGCGUGUUAUUCCACAACCACCUGAAUUUUUGUCACUUCAAGUUCCACAUGGAUUAACCCUGCUCGAACAUUUAGACUUGAUAUGUAUCGCAGACAGAGAAAAUAUGCGCGUCGUUUGCCCGAGAGCCGGACUCAAAACAUCAUUGGACGAAGGAACACCAGCGGCUACGAUACAAGAACCUGACUUGGGUCGAGUAUUUGACGUUGCAGCGUUUGGUAACUUUGUUUACGCCAUAAAUGGACCAACAUCGCAAAUAAUUCCAGUUCGCGGUUUCACCAUUGACCCGAUGACCGAACAAAUCAUCGAUCACUGGGGUGGUUUUGAGAAUCCGCACACAAUUGCCAUUUGCCCGAAUGGAUCAGCCAUGUAUGUAGGAGAAAUUGGACCAAAUCGACUAACGAAAUUCACUCUGCAAAACAGCAGUUCCCUGAACUAAGUGGAAAAAUGAUACGAUGAGCUUACAAUCUACGCACACACCACAACUUCUCCCUCUUUCUCAUCAAACAUAAAUUUAAUUAAUAUAAAACAUUCCACUAGAAAUGACCAGCUAAAAUAUUACAACAACAACAACAACAACAACAAAAACAAACAUAAAUAUUUCAUACAAUUUCUCUUUUUUUCCAUUUUUCCUUGAAAAUCGUUGAAUUCCUUAAAAUGUUCCGUUUCUGCCUAUUUUUUGAGAUAUUUACAGUUAUUAUAUACUAAAUAAAACAAAAAAAAUACCAUUCCAAAUAUUCUUAUCAAACUGGCAUUAAGACAGCACAAAGUAAUAAGGAAUUUCGAACUAAUAAUAAAUGAAAAAAAAAGUUUUUUACAAUAUAAUGUAAAAUUUUCAUACCAAAAUAUUUGUAGAAAUGAAUAAAAAAAAUGAAGAAAAAUGGAAGUCAUCGCGUUGAAUACGACGAAUUGUGUACAAUAAAAAAAAAACAAAUAAAACGAAGAGAAUUUUUUUUUCUCAAGUGUACAUUGAACAAGUGGUGGGCACAAUAACAUUUAGUAUCGCCAAAAAAAAUUGUGAACGAAAGAAAAUGCAAAACCGAUCAGCUACAGGAAAUCCAUAACAGCAUUCAACCUGUUCUUUUGAAGUAGAAUAACAAACACAUUCCUUGUGAUGUUGAACCGAAAAAUUCCAAGGACUUUACACAACAAAAAAACACUUGAAUAACGAAUUGAAAAGGAAAAACAUGAGGAAAAACAAACCUAUUUAAUUUUAAUGGAUAUAUACAUAAAUUAGAAGAUUUUUUUUCUUUGAAUAAUUAAAAGAAAAGUGUACAUUAUUAAUCUCAUUUCGGCCAUAAUUAAACUGAAAAACCAAAACAACA